CACACUGCGACCACGCUCACUAGGCACAAAAGCUCAUUGUUCCGCUCCAACCCUGCGUGCUCAACCGGCGGAGAGCUAAGAGUCGAGAUGCCGAAAGUGCUGGGCUACACACCUGCCUGGCUGAGCCGCCCGAAUGCGGGCUACCAACUGUUUGCGCCAAAACCUUCGUCUAGCAAGGCUUUAGUUCCGAAAGAGAAGAGUCCGGGUCUACGUAAGACGAUUGCUACGAGAGAAUCUGAGGUUUUUGUAGCCGUCGGACAUGAAAUACGAUGGGCAGACCUGACGGUCCUGAAGGAGGACUCUUCGACGUACCGAACUCUCAAAGUCUCGAUACCACUGCCGAUUACGCGCCUUAACAUAUCUCCUUGCGGUCACUAUCUCGCCGUCUCCACCUCCCAUACGGUCCACGUCGUCAAUCUCCCCGACUCCUCGCUCCUCGAAUCCGGUGACGAUAGCCUGAUCAAACCAAAGACCUUCCAAGUGGGCCCAACAGCACACGUCUUGGAGGAGUCCCCAAUAGCAACUGUUCUGUGGCAUCCGCUAGGCUAUCAUGGGCGAUGCUUGGUCACAAUCACCCAGACAGGCGUGGUGCGUCUGUGGGAGGUCAAUCGGUCAGACCGGUCAAGCUUCAGCGAGCCUUCGCUAUCGAUUGACCUUCAGAAGCUUGCGAAUGCUACAAAUGAUCAGGAAGAUCUGAGCGCGUCUAAAUAUGGAGCACCCAAGGGCUUUUCCCCAGACGCAGCCGACCUUGAAGUUGCCGCGGCUUACUUUGGGGACUUCCCUGAGCAAGAAGGAGUUCACGGCUGGGCGCCGAUGACGCUGUGGAUCGCAACCGUUGCGGGCGACGUGUACGCCUUAUGCCCUCUCCUCCCGAGCAGGUGGCAGCUUGUUGAGUCUCCGGGCGCAUCUACGCUCAUGCAAACCUUAACCUCAUCCAUCAACAUCAACUACGCCGACAUCUCCGAAGCCGCGAGCGCCCCAAAAUACGAAAAGAAGACCGCAGAUAAGCAACUCUCGUGGCUUUCCGAUAUCCUUUACCAAGAUCCUUUCAACGAGGAGCUUUCAAAUGGAGAUUCGAUUAAAGUGUUCACCCGACCGGCUAGUGUACCCGCUAUUCCGCUGUUGCAAGGACCCUUCACUAUUAUGCCGGAGGUAGACGAUUUUGAGCUAUGCGACAUGGUGGUGUAUUCUCUGAAGACUUUUUCAGAUGGAUCCGAGGAAGAAGCUGCCGAAGGUCUACCGGCAGCCGUUGUUUGCCUUCUCACAGAUACCUGUCAAGUGCAUGUUUGCCUUGAUCUAGAAGGAAUUGUAGGGCGAUGGCUUCCCUCUUCUGAUGACGAACCCGACUUCACAGCGCCUGCUGGACAUAGUCUCAUUGUCGCUGAAACCAUCACCUUGACCGAUGACGAGACCUCGUGUUACAACCAAAGCAUUACCCCCGACGUGCACACCGACUUUACCUUCUUCGUCUCGCACGCUAGCGGAGUAUACUACAUCUCGUUGGAGCCGUGGAUCCGGAAACUGGAGGCCGAGUUGUCGGAACCGCAGAGCGAAGGAGCUGACUUCCGUCUCAAGCGCCUGCUCGAAUCGGCUAACACCACGGUUGAGCAAUGCAUUCGUCGUCAGCCAGUAGAUCGCACGAAGGACGUUACAUCUUGUGUAGUCAUUCAACAAGAUGACGUAGGUUACCUCGUCCUGACCACGGUCGACAACGAACCACAAGCCGUAGUCCUUGACACUCCUGAGGAUGGUGUGCCUACUGAGGAAGAGCUAGCCCAAUAUAUGCAGGUUAGCGGUCCGUCGAAGGAGGUGCGCGAAGCAUGGCAGCCUCCCAAGGAGCUGUGGGAGCCGUUUGACUUAUAUGCCGCCCUCGAUAUACCUAGCAGGCACAAAUCAUCAUUGAAAGAGGAGAUCCGCCUAUCCCCUGCGAACCUUGAACUCCUCAUGAACGCUCAUAGAAUUCUUGCUGCGCAAACAGACCGACUGCAACACGCCGUAUCCGACCUUUAUAACCGUUGUCAUCGACUGCAGGACGAGUUUAGAGAUCAGAUCUUCAGAGCUUCCCAGCUAGUGCCCAAGAUCGACUCUGUAACUGGGAACGAUGAGGGCGGAUCCGAGAGUGGGUCAGAAGCCUACGGCACGGCUAAGAUUGAAGAUCGCCUAAAGAAAGUCCAAGCGAGACAGGAAGAGAUCAAUUCCCGAUACCAGGCCCUUCGACGGAGGAUGGCUGGCAUCGGUGGAGCAGAGUUGAGCGAAAAGGAGGCGAGCUUCAUCGAGGAGCUUCAGACGAUGGAGAGUAGUCUGGACCGGACGGAACGUACGUUGACGGACGACGUCGACGGUAGCGAGGUGCCUGCCUGGCAGCGUUUCGAGAAGGUCAAGGAUAUGAAGGGGACCUUGGCGAAGGAGGUUGCGGAGGCGUCGGCAGCGGGUACUGAAGAGCGACCUGCUGCAAGCGUCAAAGUUCCGUCACAUUCACGGAAGCAAGAGAACGAGCGAAUCCAGGAGCUGCUGCGAAAGGAGAACGCGCUGCUGGAGGCGGCUACAAGCAGUCUCAGAAGUUUUGGUAUUACUGUCCCCUCAAUACCCUUGGAGGGCGGCAGUUAAGGGGCUUUUAUGGAAUGCCAUGUUGAUGGGGGGGUCUUGAGCACAUCAUACGAUGCUAAGCACUGUUGACCGAGGAGUCGGAAAGGACAAGCAACGGCGAAGAGAUUGCACCCUUGCAAGAAAAUUGGCAUCGCUAGGGAGGCAAAACGUACAGGUACAGAGGCACGGUAAUUGAUCUCUGUACCUGAAGAUCAGCCAUGUGCUAAUGGACUAAAUAGCACCCAAAAAGGAAUUCAAACACUCUCUGCAGUCUG